AAAUUCAAUUUCUUUUGAUCGAUUAUACUUUUCUUGAUGAAAUUUAGUGGGCCUCUGUUAUUUUUACCGAAAGUAAUGGUUUUUGUCUUAACUUCUUUGUUUUGUAGGACAUUUCCAUAUGUGUUUAUUGCAAAUUCCUGACUUUCUUGUUCUGGGAUAGUGACAUUCGUGUUUCUAUUCAGUGAGAUCUUGUAAAUAGUGUAAAAAAUGAAUUUUCCCUUGAGAAAGAAAAGAAACUGAAAAUUGGAGUUUGUUUUUCUAAUAUGGGGAAUAAAUUGGGGAGGAGGAAGCAAGUGGUGGACGAGAAGUACACUAAGCCUCAGGGAUUGUAUCAACACAAAGAUGUGGACCACAAGAAGCUUAGAAAACUCAUUCUUGACUCAAAGCUGGCACCUUGUUACCCUGGUGAUGAUGAAUGUGGGUGUGAUCUUGAGGAUUGUCCCAUUUGCUUCUUGUACUAUCCAAGUCUUAAUAGGUCAAGAUGCUGUACGAAAGGCAUUUGUACAGAGUGUUUUUUGCAGAUGAAAACACCUAAUUCUACUCGGCCUACACAAUGUCCUUUCUGUAAAUCCCUCAAUUACGCUGUGGAGUAUCGAGGUGUCAAGACAAAGGAGGAGAAAGGCUUGGAACAAAUUGAAGAACAACGAGUUAUAGAAGCUAAAAUAAGGAUGAGGCAGAAGGAACUUCAGGAUGAAGAGGAGAGAGUACUGAAUCGGAGAGAAAUUAGUUCUUCAAGCAGUAUUGCAGUAGCAAGUGAGGUUAACUAUUUCUCAACAGCAGCUCCGUCUUUUGCCUCUGCUGUGGAAGGUGAGGAAAUUGUCACCUCUCAGGCAUCUGGUGCUGCUUCAGUAAUAAGACCACCUUCUCAUCCAAGGCAAAAUAGGUAUUUAACUUCUUUGGUUGUGAACUUACUGUUUAAUAUCAUUUACUGUUUUGAUUCUAUGCAAUUUUAUGGUGUGUGGACCGCACAUUCUAGAAAGAUGUGGCUGUCGACAAGUGGCUAUCAUUUUUACAUGCUAAUUAUCUCAAGAAAAAUCUGACUGAAGACAAAAUAU